AUGGUCCUGAUCACUGCGCAAGAGCACAAAGACGAGGUCGGGAUCGGCAGGAGUGACAUGGCUCUGGUCAUGACCCGCCUGAAAGAUAUGGACGAGGAGGCACACAUCAUCGGGGAGCUCCUGCCCAGAAAGGAUGGUCAGGGACAGAUGCACAUCGCCGGGGAGGGGUGGAUGGCCAGGCCAGGCAUGGACGAGCUAUUGACCCUGCUCCAUGGAGCUUAUCAUGCUGAGGCCUGCCUCUUGGAGUUGCAGCCACACUUCAGCCAUCUUUCUUCCGACUCUUCCGGCAUGGAGGACGUCUUAAGAAUCUUACCUGGGCUCUGCUCGCGAGCCCCAGCAGAUGCUUUUCGGGAGUUGUCGAGCCAGGCCGAGAGCUGCACAGAAGCGGAGGUUCUUCUGGCAUCUGUGCUGUAUCGUCGGAAGAUCUCCAAAGGCCUCGUCUCAGAUGAGGCCGCCGCUGCAGGCGUCUUCCGACAUGCCACGGCCACAGCCCGGAGAAGCCACCUGGGCCUAGCGCUGCUGGGCUGCGCCUACUUGGAUGGUCUCGGGGUCCAGGCGGCAGAGCAGGGCAAUGCAGCUGCCAAGUGCUCCCUGAGCUACUGUUGCGAGAAGGGGGUGUGCUUGAAGCAAGAUCACGGGCGCGCCAAGGAGCUGUUGCAAGAAUCGGCAUCUCAAGGCUAUGCCCACGCUCUCUUCAAGCUCGGCUGUUGGUACCAAUAUGGCAUCCUGGGCACGGAGAUUCAGCUGCAGGAGGCCCACCGGCUCUAUGUCGAAGCCUCAAGACAGGGCCAUCCUGCAGGCAUGGCGCAGCUGGGGAGGAGCUUUGCAGACGGCGCCGGAGUGCCGGAGGACAAGGCUGAAGCUUGCCGCUGGCUUCGGCUUGCGGCAGACGCUGGCAACCCGGAUGCCAUGUACUGCUUGGCACUCGCCUAUCGGCACGGGGAUGGUGUAGAGGUGGACCUUUCAACAGCGACGGAGCUGUACCGCCAGAGUGGGGACCUGGGACAUCCACAGGCCCUUUACAAUCUCGGAUGCUGCUACAUGAACGGCACCGGAGUCCCACGCGACCCACAGGCAGCGGUGGAAUGCUACCGGCUUGCCGCAGACAAGGGCGACAUGGAUGCUCAUGUGAACUUGGCCAAGUGCUUGCUCACCGGGGAGGGGGUAACCACGGACCAGGCGGAGGCUCAGCGACUGCUGAUGGUCGCAGCAGACCACGGCCACCCCGCCGGAUGGGGCCGAGAGCUGCUGGCUGAUGCUGUGCCUCUGGCGAGUUCGAGUGGGGAGAUCAUUGCUUGUCAUCUUUGCAACGGAAAGGGAAACUGGGAAGACUACGAAGGGAUCUGCCACAGGAACCUCCUUGCCAGCGUUCCUCCCCCCUUCUCUCCGGCCCUUGUCCAGAGCAACGGCCAUGCCUUCGCACCGCCACCUCGUGGCGCCGAAAGCUACGUCGAGACUUUGUUGGAGAAGGCCGGAAGAGGGCCUUCGAUGGUUUAA